CAGCUCCUGCAGUACCAAUGAUUGAUAGAGCAUCUGCCCAAGUGAGAAAUUGGUCAUAUGGGAAUUUAUCUAAAAGAGAUGCACUCCGUUUUUCCCGUUCACAGAGUAUUUUGUUGGCAUUUUGAAGUCAGGGUAGGGAUGGGUUGUAUGUCUUGUGUGCUUGUUAUGAAAUAUGGGAAUGAGAGCCAAAUUGACUUGAUUGUUGCUGAGGUUGGUGGUGCACUUGGAGCUGCUUCACUUGAAGCACAGUGUGAACUCUUCAAUGCUCUAAUUGAUGGUUGUACAGAGGCAGCAGAACUUGGCAAUCUGGAUUCAAAGAUGCCUUUGUUGGAUUUUUUCGGUGUCCCAGUGAAGGUGAAUGAUCUACUUGCCUGUGUCCAACAACCUCAACUCCUAUCAAAGCGCAUUAGUCGGUAUGAAGAUCCCAUUCAAUAG